UUGAUGCUGAUGAAGGGCUCUCGUUCGAAAGAACUGGAACUAUCUCCCUUUGUUUGGGUCGGAUGUAGAUGCUUCCCAUUUCCCAAGCACUGUGACCCCUGCUGUUUUAGCGCAGGCAGGUUGUAUAAAUAACUUGAUGAACAGUGAAUGAUGGUUAGUUUGCAGCUCCUCACUCGAAUGGGUAUGAAGAAAAGUUCUAGAUGUAGCAGGCUUAUGAGGGACAUUGACGAUAAGAUUUGUUCGGAUUUUUAACACGGAGGAUAAGCCAUCCAGGAUAACCCAAGAAAGCCAGCGUCAUCGACGACUCUCUCUCUUAGUCGACAAUAAUCGACUAAUACCCAGGUUUCUACAUACUACUAGGUGAAGACAUGGCAUGUGUAAUGAAACAUGCCCAACAUUUCCACCUGUGCCGGAAAUUGAACCACGGAUACUCACUGUUCAUCAAGAGAUCAAGGAGAAAAUUAUUAAUCUUUUCGCACAAAGUAGAACAAGAAGAAUGGAUUUCAUUUUUAAAUGAAUGGGUCAAGCUUGAACUGUAACAAUUUAGCACAAUAUGUUGAGUUUGCUGAAAAAGGAAAUUGAAGCUAAAAAACGAUCACUAGAAGAAAGCAAUGUUUUUGAGGGAGAAAAGAAGUACUUCAAGAGAAGUGAAUUAGGUGCACGCCAAGCAGAAGCAUAUUGGAAAAAGUGUGGAAUUGGAUCAAUUGGUGGUAACAGUGGACAUGGAGGAUCUAAUGUUAAUGAAAAUGGGUCUUCAGUGUCUCGGGAUACAGUGAAUGAAGAAGAUGUUGGAGAUGCACCUGAGUUACCACGUGUGGAGGUUAUUCGUCGAUUACGAGAACGAGAGGAACCUAUUUUACUGUUUGCUGAGAGUGAACAUGAUGCAUUCCGAAGAUUAAGAAGAUUAGAAAUAUUAGAACCCGAGGUUAACAGAGGUCUUCGAAAUGACUUCCAGGAAGCUCUUGAGCGUGUAGAUCAGGCAUACUUGAAUGAAAUUUUAAAGACGGAAGAUGGCGAAGGAGCUCGUAAUGUUGCCCUUUCUGGUGAAACCAUUACCAUGGAAAGUGUAAUUGAAAUGGCAAAAGAUCUUAAUAAUGGCAAUGCUACCAAUGAAUUGAGAUGUAAAGUUAUAUUUAAAUUUGUACAGCUUAUACUACAAUUAUGGGGCAGUAAACAUAAUGCAAGACCUGAAGCUGAGAAGACGAGUGUUAGAGGCAAGAUGGACUCUGCUACCUACACGCAAACACAAGCAUACUUAAAACCCCUUAUCAAAUGUCUUAAGAAACGCUCCUUACCAGAUGACAUUAUGGAGUGCCUCGUAGAAAUUGUGCAACAUUGCUUAGAUGGAGACUAUGUUAAAGCUAAUGAUGCUUAUUUACAAAUGGCUAUUGGAAAUGCACCUUGGCCUAUUGGCGUCACCAUGGUUGGUAUCCAUGCACGUACAGGACGUGAAAAGAUCUUCAGUAAGCACGUAGCUCAUGUGCUGAAUGAUGAAACACAGCGUAAAUAUAUCCAGGGCCUAAAACGUCUCAUGACAAAAUGUCAACAGUAUUUCCCAGCAGACCCUUCCAAAUGUGUGGAGUACAGGGCUGUAGCUCAGUAAUUUUAGAGUAUACUUUGUAUCUUACAAGAUUAAUGGCUAACUUUGCACAUUGUUUUAUGAAGUAUUGUAUUUGUACCUACCUUCUGCCCCCUGUCUUAAAAAUUGUUGUUGGCAUAGCUGUUUUCUAAUAGCUGUUCUUUUAAUUUCACCACUUAUGGACUCCAACAGUAUUUCUCAUUCUAAUUUCUGUGAUUCCUCAAAGACUGUCAUUCAUGAAUUUAAGAUAUAUUUGUGAUUAACCCUUGAAUUACAGGGAUGUUAAAGCUCAACAAAAUUGUACUUGUUUAUUAUUAUAAUAAAAAAGAAGCACUAAACCCAUGAGGGUCAGUUACAUGUACAGUACAACAAAAAGUAGUUCAUUAAGUACCUUUUUAAUAGGUUAAAUUACAGUAGUCUUUAAAUUGUUAAUGUAAAGAAUAUUAAUGAACAUGACUAUUAUCAUCACACUAUUUGAAUAUAAAUAUUUUAAUAAAAAGAUACUAUAAGCUUAAUUAAAUUUU